UUGGCAGCGUCGACUUCAACAACAUCUUCUACAAUCUCUACAACGACAGCACUUGCCGAAGCGGUUCCGACUCCAAAAGCUGAUGUUGCUCCACCACGUGAGCAGAAAUGUCAAGUGUUUGCCGAGUUGCCACAUCUCAGUCUGCUUGAAUCGUGCCCUGCAAAUUUCGCAAUCGCCUCUGGCAAGCUGACUGCUCCACUCCAAUACAUCGUCAUCAGCGGUUUAUCUCCUGCAACGCCGAGCAGCCGUAAAUGCAUUGACAACUUUAGAAGUCGCCUAGUCGAGCUGGUACUGGAGGAUUUUGCAAGCUAUCGCAUCAUCAUCAUCUCAAACUCCAUGCCAUCAACAUCAUCUUCCUCAAUUGCCAAAGGUCUUGUAUCUCCGAAAGCUGCUACUGUACCACCACAAGAUGAACACAACGUCACUGUUGCACCUCCGUAAGCUGCUGCCGCGAGUCGUGACCACAAGGAGUCUUCUCUGCGCAGGGAGACAGCUAAACAACUUUUAGGGCUGUAUAAUGAAUGUUUUUUGAGUGAGUUUUUUUGUUUCCCCAUAAUCAACAGAUUUAUCCAAGUAUUGGUAGCAAAGUUCUUUUUUCAGAAUUGUCAGUGCAAUGCCAAACUGCUGAUCGCGAACUUCAUCCGGAUGAAGUCAAGCAGCCUCCUAGUGCAUCCAGUGAUGGAUCGGUGACUCGAAAGAUGAUGCCUCGCAAAGAUGAAACGCUCGACAACCAGCCCAGUAUGACUACCAAGUUCAACAACAAGAACGGAGGACGAGGACAAAUGCGUUGUAGUUAGUUUAUUUUUUAGGGUUGGACCUCGUAAAACGAGAAAAUUUUCGAAUAAUUUAGAAAUUAUUAACUUUUUAGUAUCUUUUUCAAAUUUUCAUCAAUUUUAACUAAGACUUCUUGUUUGUAGGAUUGGGUAGAAAUCAGUGAAAUUAUUAGUUUGACAUUAAUUGUUUUAAAAAAUUGGGGUUUUUUUUGGAUUCAAAAACAAGAUUGAUUUGAAUUCUUGAAAGUUAUAAAUUAAGAGACCAAAUCUCUUAAUUUAUCGAAUUUUCAAGAGUUGCAUUGAUCAGUCUUUUUUUUUAGAGUUCAAUUAAAAAUCCGAUAUUUUAAUAGUAUAAAUUUGACUUCUUGUUUUUAUGUAGGAUUGGGUAGAAAUCAGUGAAAUUUUUAGUUUGAUAUUAGUUGUUUUAAAAAAUUGGGUUUUUUUUGGAUUCAAGAACAAGAUUGAUUUGAAAUCUUGAAAGUUAUAAAUUAAGAGACCAAAUCUCUUAAUUUAUCGAAUUUUCAAGAGUUGCAUUGAUCAGUCUUUUUUUUUAGAGUUCAAUUAAAAAUCCGAUUUUUUAAAACAUUAAAUUGACUUCUUGUUUUUAUGUAGGAUUGGGUAGAAAUUAGUGAAAUUUUUAGUUUGAUAUUAGUUGUUUUAAAAAAUUGGGUUUUUUGGAUUCAAGAACAAGAUUGAUUUGAAAUCUUGAAAGUUAUAAAUUAAGAGACCAAAUCUCUUAAUUUAUCGAAUUUUCAAGAGUUGCAUUGAUCAGUCUUUUUUUUUAGAGUUCAAUUAAAAAUCCGAUUUUUUAAAAAUAUAAAUUUGAUUUCUUGUUUGUAGGAUUGGGUAGAAAUUAGUGAAAUUUUUAGUUUGAUAUUAGUUGUUUUAAAAAAUUGGGUUUUUUUUGGAUUCAAGAACAAGAUUGAUUUGAAAUCUUGAAAGUUAUAAAUUAAGAGACCAAAUCUCUUAAUUUAUCGAAUUUUCAAGAGUUGCAUUGAUCAGUCUUUUUUUUAGAGUUCAAUUAAAAAUCCGAUUUUUUAAAAAUAUAAAUUUGAUUUCUUGUUUGUAGGAUUGGGUAGAAAUUAGUGAAAUUUUUAGUUUGAUAUUAGUUGUUUUAAAAAAUUGGGUUUUUUUUUGGAUUCAAAAACAAGAUUAAUUUGAAAUCUUGAAAAUUAUAAACAGAUUUUUUUUUCAAAGCGACGACAAAAAUGCGCCAACAGCAAUGCUAGCAUUAAAUAUUUUUUUGCAAGUUGUGCAAAAAUAUUUUUUUGACCUUAUUUUUUGGUGGGCGGCGGCGGGAAGUUUUGAAUUCGCUAGACUAUAGUCUAGUUUGGGGUAUAAAAGACGAGCGUUCGCCGUUGGUUGGCAUUUUCUCUUCUUACGGGAGACCUAUUCCUGCUGUCUUCUUGCUGCCUGCCUGCCACCGUCUUCCGUCGCCGUCUUCUGCAUUCAGCCGCCUUUCGUCUUCAGCCGCCUCUCGUCUUCAGCCGCCUUUCGUCUUCAGCCGCCUCUCGUCUUCAGCCGCCUCUCGUCUUCAGCCGCCUUUCGUCUUCAGCCGCCUCUCGUCUUCAGCCGCCAGCGUCUUCACUAUCUGCCACGUCAAGCUGUUUUGCACGAAGAAUUGGAUCGAUAUUAUUCAGAUGAGUUUUUUUUUUUAUUUAUCUCCAUUUUUGUGCUUUUUCGUUCGUUUUGUUUCAGGAACUACAACAACCGUGUCCAUCUGCUUCAGUUCUGCAUUUGCUGUCAAAUCGCCUCCUCAAAUUGCUUCAUCUUCAGUUGCUGAUCCUGGUGAUUUCGUAAUGAAGGAAUUCUCGGUAUUUUCACUGAGAAUUUUUCGUUUUCAAGCUCGAGUCACCAGGAUAAUCACCACCAAGUGGCAAAUUUGGAAACAAGUCUGGCUCGCCAAAAAUUUGGAAAUUUUCCAUUUUUUCUGGCUCAUAUCGGACUGUUUCUAGGUUUUGCCACUAGCGCAUCACGCGCUCAUCAUUGAAAUAAUAAAGUUUUUUUGUAAUGCGUUUUUGAUUCCUCCCAAUCGACUGAUUUCUUAAAAAUUCCGAUACUAAUCAUUUUUUUUCCAGGAUUGUCAUUGCUGAUUUUCUACUUCUCAGUCUUCUUCAACCGUCUCCUGCAAUCUUCACAAGAUCGCCGCUGUCAAGCUGACCUCAACACACAUCAUUGCUAUCAAUUCGUCGCCUCAUCUUCAGCCGCUGUUCAACACCUUCAAUGCCAAGCCGCCGCAAAUCAUCGUCGUCUUCAGAAGCCGCCAAGUCGAGCUGGAAAUGGAAGAUUUUUGCACCGCCUACAGGAUUUCAAUCGGAAUUCGAGUUACCAGGUAGUUUUUUUUCAAUUUUUAUUAGUUAGUUAGCCUGAUGUUGGUUUUUAAGCUAGUUAAUUUUCAAUCAUUAUCAGCAACAUUUUUUGGCGUGUAGGAUUUACUCCGAUAGUCAAAUAAAAAUGUGCAAUUUGGCUGAAGAUCUUUGA